GGGUGAAGUAGAAAUAAUUGGGUAAACUCAUUAUUUUCAGUGGAAUCCUUGAAGUAAUCGCACAAUCCUCAAAGUUCAUAAGAGCUUCCAGAUGUUAUUCAAAAAGAAUGCUUUUGAGAUAAAAAUCUCACCAAGAGCUUUGGUUUUCUUGAAAAAUUGUCGGACCUUAGCGAUUACUUUCUGAAACCGAAUCACUCCACCUUCCUGUUAGCAAAUAUCGAUAGGGCCGGGAAUUAAAGCCAAAUUUAUCAAUGAGAGUUGCAUAAUAUGUACAACAACUAAUUGUAUCGUUUGCACUGAUCUGUUGAGAUUACGCCUUUGAACAGUGUAAAACAAUAAGGUCUCUUACAAAUUGCAAUCAAAUUCUUCAAUAGCAUGUACAUAUCAACGGUCAAAACUGUAGGCAAAUCCGUCUGUCUGCGUGAUAGAAAUCCUACAAUAACAAUCCGGCUUCAGAGACUGCCCAUUAAAACGACACAAUAACAUAAUUUAUAUUUGAGCUCUCAUUACCUGCAACAAAGUAGGCAUCGCACUGAUGAGGUCUACUACAACGCCUCCCUUUUAUGAGAUCAGGUAAAUGCACGCUCCAUGGUUGCUAUGAUUUGGAAGCGUCAAAUUCCAGGUAUGUGAAUGACGAUCACAAAAGAAUUGCAACAAGUUCGAGCUGCGUUUUCCAAUUGGAUAGGGGAAUUUUAAAUUGGAAUAUUUCAAAGUACUAUUACGAUAUGUUAGAUAAACUAUUUUGGAAAUCAACGUAUACUAUUCAUAACUCGAUAUGGAGCAAAAGAUCAUGAUUUAUUUUCUAACGAAAACCACAACAUAUUGAUCCAAAAGCAUACAGCUGACUUUCCUACGAAAAACCGGAUCAACCAUCCCAACUGGUCCCAGCGCUCGUCCAUUAUGCAUGGAAACAUAUGGUCAAAGUUUCUUUUCCCGCGACUACUGUGGGUGGUGAAAGUUCCACUUUUUCUCGAGUAAAGUAACGUUCAAUCGAUACCAGCUGGGCGGAUGGUCACGCCGGAACGUCCGGCAAUGGCCGGGACGGGACGAUGACGGGAAUAAUUGAUUUCGAUUCAACCAUCUGUCUUCGUCCGUCGGUUAGAGUUUAGUAAUCUAGUCCCCCUGGCAGAAUGCUGGCCGAUCGAUCGAUAGUAACGAUUGUAAACCAUCAAUUAGGGGGGGCUUCUGUGUUUGCUGCAGAGCUAUGUCAAUCCAACUCUCGAUGAAUGGUUGUCGCUUGUCCCAUUUAUGGUGUGGUGUGGAAUAUGAGAAGCAAUCAAUUGCAUCAAUUAUCUCGUCGAAGGAGUGUUAAUUGAUAAGAUUCGAAGCUGUUUGAGGAUGAACACUCGAUUAUGCAGUUAACGUAACGCAUUUCAUUGGUGUUCAGAGAAUUUAUCAAGUCUGAAUGAGAUGAUACGAUACUAAACCAUUAUAUGUCUCCAAAUUCAUCGAAGGCCUUCAGUUGAAUUUUCAUAAACUUGAUUGUUGCCUCAAAGACACAGCAGAUGAAACCGAGCUAAUUAAAACUUUUUAUAGAAAAGUAAUUUCUACACAAAAUGGCAAUGCAUUAUAAUUGAAAGGUAUUGAAAGAUGAACCCGCUAUGGGCUGCAAAUUUCAAUAAUAAAGAAAUAAUAAUAAUAAGAAUCGACUAACACACAUGUGGAAUCAUGUUUCAAGCGACGACAAAGAUGUAUGUUUAUGACUUUUGAACUUUUUUCAUGUAAUUUUAUAUACAUAUCCUUCAAUGUCGACUUAAAAAAGCUACACUGUUCAUAUGUAUUUCAACUGGCAAAGAAUACUUAAAAUCGAAUAGGAAUUGAGGAGCAAACUCAAUCAUCGUCCUUCGUAGGAAAUGUACCUCCAGAAGCAUCAUAAUCCCUCAAAAAAGUACCUCCUCCUACAGGUAUCGUCAAGGACUGCUCAGGAUGGCUAUAAAACGAGAUCCGGAGCAUUGCCCGUCUGUCAUUUGUGGAAUCUCUGUCAGUGCGAUACGUGAAUAAGUUAAGAUGCUGCUGCUCAACCUGUUUGCUGCAGGUUGUCUGCUCCUGGUAGUUUCCGGUGCCAGUCUCAAGAAGGAUGAUAAAUCUGAGGAAGUUCAGACUAAGGAUCUCGUUAGGCAGAAACGCCAUUUCGAUUGGUACGGUGGUGAUUGGUACAGUCCCGACUGGUAUGGUACCGAUUGGUACGGCACGUAUCCUGCCGUAGAGUACUACUAUCCUCAAGCUGAACCGCUGUACUAUCCUACGUACGAGUACCCUAAGUACGAGUAUCCCAAGUACGAGUACCCUAAGUACGAGUACCCUAAGUACGAAUACCCAAAGUAUGAGUACCCGAAGUAUGAGUACCCGAAGUACGAUUACCCCAAGCACAAGUACGAGUACCCGAAGCACGAUUAUCCCAAGAAGGAUUAUCCCAAGCACGAUUAUCCCAAGCACGAUUAUCCCAAGAAGGAUUACCCCAAGCACGAUUAUCCCAAGAAGGACUACCCGAAGCACGAUUACCCCAAGAAGGACUACCCGAAGCACGACUACGAGCACAAGCACGACUACGAUCACAAACACCACUACGAUCACAAGGAGCCGUGCCACGAUGAGAAGAAGGACUACAAACCACAGCCACACAGUUACGACCAUUAUACGACCACGCACCGCUACUAUACAUCAACGCCGCAACCGUAUCACCACAACAUCAAUCACAUCGAUGCUGACAACGGCCUGCACCAUAACGGAUCGCCACUACUUCCUUUCGGAAGCAAACCCCUGCUCAAGUUGACGGCGUUGGAAUCUUUGCUGAAUCAUCUUACAACUACAUCAACUACCACGCCGCAGCCCUAUCACCAUUAUUCCUAAGGCCAUGGCCUUCCGCGAUCAGGCGGCGUGCUAGGAUCAAUGGACACCAACCGUCAGUAUUACAUCAACAGUUCGGCUGAGGUAACGCAGCGUAACAUCGCUUUUUGUCUGACAGACCACCAAAAAAAAAAAACGUAUAGCUUGGCCGUUAAGACAAACCAGUAGUCUCUAUCUGUUCCGCUGUGUAAUUCGCAAAAUUUAAUAAAAAUAAUUCUAAAUUUAUAA